GUCUGUCUCUGCUACUCAGAUCCAUAUCUCCUGCAAGUCUUCGCUGAAAUGUUAUUCAAACCUGAAACUGCACUCGUAUGAGGCAUACAUUGCAUUUCAUUUUGUAGAAAGUGAUACCGUUUUCUCUUGCUCGUCGUAGGCGUAUAUAGCAGCGGGGAUGGGAGCUGUGCCAUCAACGCCGCGGUUCACUGGCGAUGCGCGGCAGGAGACAGCGGAGUCUCUGAUUGGAGCUUUUGUUGGAGACAAAUCCUUUGCACUCACCUCGGAUUACUGGGAGAAGCUUCUUCUGCACCCUCUCUACCUCCGUUGGGCCCCUGACCGCGUUCACGAAGCUUGCCGCCUCUUCGCAAAGAACAACUGCAACACAAGGCACCUCGCUAAGUGUCUAGUUCAUCUAAGUUGGUGUUUGCAGGAGUGUGUUUCUGCAUCGGAUGUACAAUCUUUGUCUUUCAUGAAAGCCCUCAAUGCAGCGUACAUCUCAUCUAUUUUUAUGAAAUAUUUGAUUGAGAAUACCAGUUCUGAUAACUUUGAAGAGUUGUACAUAUCUCUAAAUGAAAGCAAGGAGAUGCCACAUAAUCUCUCCCCAGAUGAGAGGAUCGAGCACCUCACUGUGAAUAGUAUCUUUAGCUUUCUUGGAAAUGCAGAUGUUAGUAUGGACUCAUUUCUUCUGCACUAUGAACUGCUUAAUUUCAUGCUCAUCGCCAUGUCAACUCAACUCCUUUCAGGGCCAUCACCAGGCCCUAAUGAUAUGCAUCCUUUCAUUGAUGCUGCAAUGGCACAGCAAAGUUCUUUGGUGAAUAUGGUUGUUCAAAAACUGCUACUUAAUUACAUAACACGACCACGCGUCCAUGCAAGGUACUCGCCUUAUCAGAUAUUUGCUGAAGGGAAUCAGCCUGGUGUUUUACAGAGAGUUGGCUCUGCUGCUGCAAACCUUGUGCUAUUGCCAUUAAAUUACUUUUCCAACUCUAGUGCUGAAGCUUCUAAAAGUUCAUUGGCAGAGAGCAGUCUCAAUAUUUUGCUUAUCCUUAUUCAUUACCGCAAGUGUGUCAGCAUAGACAGUUCACAAGAUGAAAGUGGCCACACUGUUUCAGAUCCUCUCCUUAAGAAAGAAACACGUUUUAUUGAAAAUCCAUACUGUACAGCCUUACAAAAUGCUCGGGAGACUGAAUUUGAUAGUCUUGAUGUUGAAGGGGCUGCACAAAAUGGUCCUAUUGUGAGACUGCCUUUUGCUUCUCUUUUUGAUACCCUUGGGAUGUGCCUGGCUGAUGAGACUUCUGUUCUCCUUCUUUACUCACUUGUCCAUGGGAAUUCUGAUUUUCUAGAAUAUGUUCUGGUCAGGACAGAUCUUGAUACUCUGUUGGUUCCUUUGCUGGAAACACUUUAUAAUGCUCCAAGAAGGGCUCCCAACCAAAUUUACAUGGUCCUAAUCGUCCUUCUUAUACUCAGUCAAGAUUCCUCUUUCAAUGCUAGCAUACACAAACUGAUGCUUCACAGUGUCCCAUGGUACAAAGAGCGUGCCCUUCAUCAAACAUCUUUAGGCUCUCUCAUGGUUAUAAUUCUGACGAGAAUUAUCAACUAUAACCUGUCUAAAUUGCGGGAUAUUUAUCUCCAUACAAAUUGUCUGGCAGCAUUGGCAAAUAUGGCACCACAUGCCCAUCGCCUUAGUGCCUAUGCAUCACAGCGAUUGGUUAGCCUUUUUGAUAUCCUUUCACGCAAAUAUAAUAAAUUAGCUGAGAUGAAAAAUGAUAGGAUGAGUCUUUCCAAUAGUGAAUCGUUGGAAGAAAAUCUACCAGAAGACAGUUCAGCUGAGCUACAUAUAUACACAGACUUCCUCAGGAUUGUUCUGGAAAUACUGAAUGCAAUCUUAACAUAUGCGCUACCUCGAAACCCUGAGGUUGUUUAUGCAAUUUUGCAUAGGCAGGAGGUUUUCCUUCCUUUUAAGAGUCAUCCACGUUUUAAUGAGCUGCUUGAUAACCUCUUUACGGUCUUGGACUUCUUUAACAGCCGCAUGGAUGCACAAAAUAUGGAUGGUGAAUGGUCAGUGGAGAAGGUACUCCAAAUCAUUAUUGUAAAUUGCAGGUCUUGGAGAGGUGAAGGCAUGAAGAUGUUUACGCAAAUGCGUUUUACCUAUGAACAAGAGAGUCAUCCAGAGGAGUUCUUCAUACCAUAUGUGUGGCAGUUGGUUCUAUCUCAGAGUGGUUUGGAUUUUUCCCCGAGUAGCAUAAAUCUUUUUCCUGUUGACAUACCCAUGGAAGAUGAUGGUUUUGCUGGUUCAGAUGCAGACAAGACGCAAAAUGGCGAUCCAAAUGGAAAUAAGCAAGUUGGAAUAUGGGUUGACUGAUCAGUUCCAUAAGUUGGUCAGACGUGUAUAUAUAAUAUAUAUACAUACAUACAUAUGGACAUAUACGCACGCAUUUCCGCAUGUGUGUGUAUACAUCUUACAUAUAUGUUUUCUUCUCAUUCUUUUGUGUUUAUAUAUAGCUCAAGAGUGUGCAGGUGCCAUAAUAUAGUCCAACUUUUUACCAGUGUAUAAUGAAGGAUGAUGCUGGUG